AUGACUACAGUCCAUGCCAUCACUGCCACUCAGAAGACUGUGGAUAGACCCUCUGGAAAGCUAUGGUGUGAUGGCUAUGGGGCAGCCCAGAACAUAAUCCCUGCAUCCACUGGUGCUGCCAAGGUUGUGGGCAAGGUCAUCCCAGAGCUGAAUGGGAAGCUCACUGGCAUGGCCUUCCGUGUUUCUACCCCCAAUGUAUCCAUUGUGGAUCUGACAUGCCGCCUGGAGAAACCUGCCAAGUAUCAUGACAUCAAGAAGGUGGUGAAGCAGGCAUCCGAGGGCCCACUAAAGGGCAUCCUGGGCUACACUGAGGACCAGGUUGUCUCCUGCAACUUCAACAGCAACUCCCACUCUUCCACCUUUGAUGCUGGGGCUGGCAUUGCUCUCAAAUGA